AAGAAAAGAUCCUAAAAGAAUAGAUAUACAUUGGCUCAUACAUUUCUCAGACUUUUCACUCAAGAUUGUGAGGCAUAAAUGUUAUUAGUGAAUAUUUGAGACCCUUUUUUUUCCCUAACCUGAAUCCGGCAUCGCAACAUAUCCAUGGAGAAUAUAUGAAAUUCAAGUACUAUGUCUAAUGUUUCGGUGAUCUUGUGGGGUUGGAAGAGGCCGACAAAAGGACAUUAGCAUACGAGAGAAGGAACUUCAUACUUUCAAACCGAACUUCCAUUGCAGAUCCUAUUUCUCACCCCCAAAUCCCUUCUGUGUGUGGAAAUAAACAAGAAAAUCAAUAUAUACUUACACUAUACUCUCCGAAGGGAUCCAAGAUUGCCUGAAUGUUAAUGGCAUCGAAGCUAACCCCCAAACUCAUCACAUCGCUAAUCCUUCCCUCCUGCUUACUCAUCUUCUUCUACUCCAGACUUCUUCCUCUUUACACCACCCCCUCCCCACAAUCUCCCACUUCCAAGAUCCCUCUUUUACCCCCUCCCCCGUGCAACCUUUUCAAAGGCCGAUGGAUUCUUGAUCCGUCUCGCAAACCCAUGUACGAUUCCACCUGCCCAUUCCACAGAAACGCUUGGAACUGCAUUAAGAACCAAAGGGAAAACGUGGGUCGGAUCAAUUCUUGGAAAUGGGUGCCGGAAAGUUGUGAUUUGAACCGGGUCGACCCGAAUGGAUUCUUGAAUCUGAUGAGGGAUAAGAAUAUUGGGUUUGUCGGGGACUCUUUGAACGAGAACUUUCUGGUGUCUUUCUUGUGUAUAUUAAGAGUGGCUGAUGCUGGUGCGAAGAAGUGGAAGAGAAAGGGAGCGUGGAGAGGGGCUUAUUUUCCCAAGUUUAACGUGACUGUGGGGUAUCAUCGUGCGGUUUUACUGGCAAAAUAUGAGUGGCAGCCUAAACAGCCUGAGCUAGCUGGCCAAAAUGGAGUCAAGGGAAUAUAUCGAGUAGAUGUUGAUAUUCCUGCAGAUGACUGGGCUGAUAUUGCUGAUUUCUACAGUGUCCUGGUCUUCAACACUGGUCACUGGUGGGGCUAUGAUAAAUUCCCAAAAGAGACUCCUCUCAUAUUCUUCAAGGGUGGGCGACCAAUACAUCCUCCUCCGGAAAUGUCAGACGGGCUCAAAGUUGUUGUUCAGAAUAUGGUAGCUCACAUUGAGAAAGUAUUCCCAAAAAAGGUACUCAAGUUCUGGCGGCUACAGUCACCAAGGCACUUUCAUGGCGGCGAGUGGAAUCAGAACGGAAGUUGCUUGUUUGAUCAGCCUCUUGAAGAAGAACAGCUUGAUUGGUGGUUUGAUCCCAGUAACAAUGGAGUGAACAAAGAAGCCAGAAAAUUGAAUCAUCUCAUUGAGGAGACACUGAAAGGAACAAGUAUCCGAACGUUGGAUCUGACUCAUUUAAGUGAAUUCAGAGCAGAUGCUCAUCCAGCAACUUGGUUAGGCAAAAAGGAUGCAGUAGCCAUCUGGGGCCAAGAUUGCAUGCAUUGGUGCCUGCCAGGUGUUCCUGAUACAUGGGUUGAUAUCUUAACACAAUUGAUCAGCUACAACUUGGAGAUGGGUUGAUCAACUUGGAAACAAAUUCAUGAAGUUAACUGAAGUUCAUUGCUUCAUGUCACUCGGUUGUUUACGUUCUACAUUUCAACAAUCAGACAACAGGAACUUCUUUCAGACAUCUAAACACGAACAGGAGAGGCCGAUGGAAAAAAUUCAGUCAUUCCCAUCGACAUUCCAUUUUUGAUGCAUUCAGUGGUACACUCAAAUGUUUAGACUUGUAUGGUGCUAAAGCUAGGCAGACAUAAGUAGUGAUGCAUAUUCAUUUUUUAAAACUCGAGAGCUGCAAAAUUCUUACAGAUCGUUUCCACGUUUGCACUUCUGAUUUUGGUUCCACUGUUGUAAAUCAAGACCUUAACCACAUUGUAAGAGUUUUAACUGCUAAAGCAAUACAGCAUCGGUGUAAAGAUUUGAUAAUGAUCUCAGAUUAUUCUGUUGGGUAAUGUUUUCAUU